AUGGAAGAUGCGGCGCGGCAGUCUCCGCGUUCUGCGAGGGAGCAGCCUUUGGCCUCUCCCGCCCGAACAGGCGCUGUUUCUUCUGGAAAAAUGAUAACUCCGAGAACUAGCCUUCCUCAGGACAGAUCCGCGGAAGAUCCAGAGUACAUCAUUGAACCCAUUGUUUUGAGCGACGAGGAUGCAGCUGAAGACGACUUGAACCUUGCCGAACUCGAGGAGGAACUUCGAGCGGCUCUCGCUGCGGAGAAACCGGAGCUGCAGACGCCAGGCGCGCCAGACACAGAAGGCCUCGCAACUCAAGCCGCGAAGCCGAACGAACUUGACGACUUCGAUCAGCUCAUGAAAGACACGAAAAAACUGAAGCGCGAACAGUUAGGAGGCCGUGAAGAUGGACUCUCCGUCGCGGUGGCGUGCAUCACGGAGAAGCACGAGGCGAUUGAAGACUUCAUCAGGUCUUUCCUCACUUCGUCUCACAUGCCCAAAACGCUUGCAUGCUUCCAGACAGAAUGGUACGACACCCAGCUUCAGAGAGAAAACCACAACUCUGCGGCUGUGGCUAAGAAGGAGCAGUGGAGGAUCCCGUCUGCGUUCCUGGCGAACCAGGAGUUGAGAGAGAAAGUUCUUCUGCUGGAGCAAGAAAAUCGGCGUCAGCGCGAAAUCACUGCAAAGGCCAUAGAGUGCUUCGACAAAUUCAAGAAAGAGCGAGACUUCCACCGACUACACCACCGCCGACUCAAACAGGAAAAAGCAAGGUGCACGCAGGAAAUAAAAUCUCUGCAGAAGAAACUCGAGGCGGCGCGCCCCGAGAUCGAAAGCCUCCAAGGGAAGUACAGAGCGAGCGUCCGCGAGAAGACGCUUGCGACUCUUGAUCGCAACCGCCUCGCUGCUCAAGUCGAAUCUCUCUCCUCUCAGCUCUCCUCUUCUUCAUCUUCUUCUUCCUCCUCUUCCUCUUCUUCCUCUUCUUCUUCUGGUUUUUCGUCUGUGGCAGCUGCGCGCGAGGCGCAUUGUGGAGAGGGCGAGGGCAAGCCCACCAACGGAGAUUCGAGGUGGCCUGAGCGGCGCCGCGUGAAUCCCCUUCUGAAGGCAGAGGCCGACGGAGGCAGUCCUCUUCGCGAGUGGAAGGGAGAAGGCGCGGAUGCGGAGCCUCAUCGCGGAGAAGAAAACGCGGGUUUCACAGGCGUGGCGCCCGAAGAGCGACGUCUCAGCCUUCAGUGCGCGCGCGUGUUUGAGGCGCACGGCGCUGCUGUCGUUGCGCUCGCCUUUCAUCCCAAAGUGCCGCUGCUUGCGACUGCCAGCGACGACGGUACUUGGAAACUCUGGAAGAUGCCGACCUCGGAACUCGUCAUGGAGGGUGCUGGCCAUACAGACUGGGUCAGCAGCGCGACGUUUCAUCCCUCUGCGGCCGUGUUGGCGAGCGCCUCUGGCGACUCCAAGGUGAUGCUGUGGAGCGUCUCAGAGGAGAAAAGCAUUCACACGUUCGGCGACCACGCGAAGCCCGUCUGGGACUGCUGCUUCCAUGACACAGGCGACUUUUUAGCGACUUGCUCGGCGGACUGCUCGAUUAAGUGCUUCGACGUCAACAGCCUGCGGUGUGUCGCAAGCCUGCGCGGGCACGCGGACUCGGUGAACGCGAUCUGCUUCCAGCCCUUCACAAACUGCCUGGCGAGUUGCGCUUCCGAUAAGCUGGUCAAACUCUGGGAUAUGCGGACGGGCACGCCGAUUCGCAAGCUCUCGGGGCACUCCGCAUCCUGCACAGACGUCGCCUUCAACGCGCAGGCGAAUGUGGUUGCCUCCUGCGACGCGGGCGGAUUCGUACACGUCUGGGACUUGCGAAAAAUGGAAGACGUACUCGAAAUCAGCUGCGGAACGGCUGCGGCGAACAGCUGCUCCUUCGACGCGUCUGGCCCCGUUCUCGCCGUCGGCUCCAGCGAUGGAACUGUCAAACUAGUUGAUACAGUCCAAGAGACUCUGCUGCAGACUUGCGAUGGACACGGAGACUUUGUCUUGGACGUCGAGUUCAGCGCGGACGCGUAUCUCUGCUCUGCAUGCGCCGACGGCACUGUGCGAAUUUGGGAGUCGCCCGGCGCCUCUCCGAGUCCGGAGUUUCCGGUCAAAACUCGCACCUGA